AUGACCUGGAGCGCCAUUCUCGGCGGGGUUAUCCUCUUCUCGGCGUCUGUCGCGCUCUACAUUUGGCACAACGACCGCCGGCUGACUCAUCUGUCGGCGCAAGCGGGCUCAUUUUCACCCCACCGAUGCACUCGUGAAGAUGUAGAGGCCACGACAGCGCGUAUGCUCGCGUCUCCGAUCUCCAUUGCGGACCAGAUACCUCCAAAGACUGGCCGUAGGUAUAUCGUCAUCGGUGGUGCUGGUUUUCUCGGUGGAUGGAUUGUUGUCCAAUUGCUGGAACGGGGGGAGGACCCCAAAAAGAUUCGCAUUCUCGACAUCCGACCUCCUGUUCGUCCUGACCUGACAACUGGCAAAGCGAAAGACGUCCAAUUCAUGGAAUGCGACAUCGCGGACCGAGCCGCUGUAGACGCGGCAUUUCACGAGCCAUGGCCUGAAAGCGACGCGUCCGAAACGACUGUCUUUCACACUGCCGCCAACAUUCGAUUUUACGAAAAAAGCAAGGCGCUGUUACCAAAUUCCGCCAGGGUCAACGUCAACGGAACACAGCACAUUCUCGAUGCCGCAAAGGCAAUUGGCGCGUCGACGAUGGUGUACACCUCAUCUGGCUCUGUCUCAGUUAGGAGAACGCGUUUUCUGCUUUGGCCAUGGGAGAGGGAACCCAAAUUGUUUGUUCAGCCCAUCAACGAGGACGAGGGCCUGAUACCCAAACGACACGACCAGUUUUUCUCCAAUUACGCUGCGACGAAGAUACAAGCUGAACGCAGGGUUAGAGCAGCGGACAAGACGCCAUCAGGAAGUGGAGUUUUGAGAACAGGUUGCAUUCGUCCCGGAAAUGGUAUAUUUGGGCCUGGUGGAGAUAUGCUAUGCGGCGCAUAUCUCGUACGUCAGGUUAAUCCAACAUGGAUGGAUACUGUCAUCCAGAACUUCGUCUACGUCGAGAAUGGGGCACUUUCGCAUCUCCUCUACGAGCAGCGCCUAAUUGAACUGGCUAAUGGUAGUCAAAAUCCCGAUAUUGGUGGCCAAGCAUUCGUUAUUGCUGAUCCUGGCCCUCCACCAACCUACGGCGACGUGUACCUCACCCUGACGACAUUGAUGGAUGGCGAAACUGUCUUCCCAUUCGUUUCUCCGACAUUAAUGAUACUCAUGUCGCAUAUCAUAGAGGGCUACUACUUGCUCUGCAAGUCUUCUGCCUUCUUCGCAAAACUAUUACCCUCGCUCUCCGGUGAUAUGGUCAACCUUCAGCCAUCCCUCUUCAACCUCGUGAAUGUCCAUCUGAUUUUCGACGACUCUCGUGCACGGCUACCUCCGGAAAAGGGCGGGUUGGGGUACAAAGGCGGAUGGACGACAUUUGAAGGACUACACAAGACGGUGGAUGAGCACAAGCGGGGACCGUUGCGUUCAGAACAGCGGUCAGAUGUGGCGGGCAUCAGUUUGGGAUUUGGGUUGGGCAAAGCGCAGAGGGGGGUAAGCAAAGUAAAUGAGACGAUUAAAGACAAUGAUCCUCAUCUUAUCAACCAAUUAUUUGAUGUCAUCGUUCAACAUUCCCACGUUCCUCACUCUUCAUAUAGCUUCAUAUGCCACUUGUCGCGAUCUAGCUGGUGUUUAACGUUCAUCACUUGCUCCACACCCGGAAAUGCCAAGCGGCCCAAGCCUCACGCAGCAAGAAAGCCAUAG